AUGCCAUAUUUGGGACUAGUAAUCAUGGUUGAAAUUUUAGCCAAUGACCAGGGAAAUCGUAUUACACCAUCUUAUGCUGCCUUUACUGAUGAUGAAUGUUUAAUUGGAGAUGCAGCAAAAAAUCAAGCUGCUAAUAAUCCUAAUAAUACCAUAUUUGAUGUAAAACAUUUAAUUGGAAGAAGGUUUUCGGAUAAAAAAGUACAAAGUGAUAUUAAACAUUUUCCAUUCAAAGUUGUUGACAGAGGUGGCAAACCAGCAAUUUCAGUUAAGGUUAAAGGAAAAGAAAAAACAUUCUCCCCUGAAGAAAUUUCUGCAAUGAUACUUGGUAGAAUGAAAGAAGUUGCAGAAUCAUUUCUAGGCAUAAAAGUUGUAAAUGCAGCUGUUACAGUUCCAGCAUAUUUCAAUGAUGCUCAACGUCAAGCAACCAAAGAUGCUGGUGUUAUAGCUGGGCUUAAUGUCAUGCGUAUUGUGAAUGAGCCAACAGCUGCUGCAAUAGCCUAUGGCCUUAAUACAUCUAAGGUUUUGUCAACUUCUGGUGAUACUCAUUUGGGUGGUGAGGAUUUUGAUAAUAGGGUUAUUGAGCAUUUUGUCAAAUUAUAUAAAAAGAAAAAUAAGGUUGAUAUUACCAAAGAUUUAAAAGCAAUGGGUAAAUUAAAACGUGAAGUAGAAAAGGUCAAGUGUACUUUAUCAUCUCAAAUGUCAGCUCGUAUUGUAAUUGGAUCAUUUUUUGAUGGCAAGGAUUUCUCUGAGACCUUGACCAGAGCAAAAUUUGAAGAAUUAAACAAUGAUCUUUUCCAUAAAACAUUGAAACCUGUUGAACGAGUCUUGAGAGAUGCCAAUGUUAGAAAAUCAGCCAUUCAUGAUAUUGUUUUGGUUGGUGGUUCUACGCGUAUUCCAAAAAUUCAACAACUCCUUGAAGAAUUCUUUGAUGGUAAAAAAGCUUCAAAAAAUAUUAAUCCUGAUGAAGCUGUUGCUUAUGGUGCAGCUGUUCAAGGUGGUAUUCUUUCUGGAGCUGAAAAUGCUGAAGAUUUUUUGAUUUGUGAAGUUUGUCACUUAACUCUUGGAAUUGGAAUAACUGGUGGGGCUAUGACAAAAUUGAUUCCUCGUAAUACUGUUAUUCCAACCAAAAAAUCACAAAUAUUUUCAACUGCAAACAACAACCAAUCUAAUGUAUUAAUCCAAGUGUUUGAAGGAGAAAGAAUUCCACCAGCACCACGUGGUACACCUCAAAUUGAAGUUACUUUUGAAAUUGAUGCCGAUGGUGUCUUGAAAGUUUCUGCUGUUGAUAAAGGUACAGGAAAAUCUAAUGGAUGCUUUUCAAGAGAAGAAGUUGAACAUAUGGUUGAAGAGGCUGAGCACUUUGCUGAAGAAGAUAAACUUCAAAGGGAUAGAAUCAAGGCAAAAAAUAAGCUUGAAAAUUAUAUUUACACCAUCAAGGAUGCAAUUAAGAAAACUAAUGAUUGGUUUGAUGAUUUUUCAAAUUCUGCUACUAAAGAAGACUUUGAAGAAAAAUUAAAGGAACUAGAAACUGUUAUAAAUCCAAUCAUUAGUAAAUUGUAUUCGGGUGGAGCAUCAACAACUGGUGAUGAUGAUGAAUUACCAACACACGAAGAUUUAUAA